GUAUAAACAAACAUUGACAUGAGGAAUACAUGGUUUGCCAUUUAUUCGCAAGUAAAGUAACCCAUCAAAUGUAACGUGUCCUGCUCACGACAAAAGGGGGAGGCCUUUAAGUAAAAGUCGGAAAGGUCAAAAUCCAUUUUCAACCGCUGUAACACAAGACUUCCAUCUUCACUGCCAUGUGACAUGUGAGAGAGAUCUAACCAAACACAGAAUUCAACAUGACGCUCUUCUCUUAUCUAAACAGAGCUUGUAAUGGCUUCCCUUCUUCCUCUAAGCUUCUCGUCGUUUUCUCUCUCAGUAGUGGGGGCCUUGUUGCUUACUCUGAAUCACAAUCAAGCAGUGCUCCAAAAAACACAGAACUUGAAAAAUUACCAAAAAAGAAAAAGGUGGUUGUACUUGGAACAGGAUGGGCUAGUAUAAGUUUCCUUAAGGAUUUGGAUAUUUCUUCAUAUGAUGUUCAAGUGGUUUCUCCUAGAAACUAUUUUGCUUUCACUCCUUUGUUACCUAGUGUUACAUGUGGAACAGUUGAAGCACGUAGCAUCGUGGAGCCCAUUCGUAACAUCAUUAAAAAGAAAAAGGGAGAAAUUCAGUUUUGGGAAGCAGAAUGCACCAAGAUUGAUGCAGCAAACAAGAAAGUAUCUUGUCGAUCCACCAUUGAAGCAAACAUGGGAAAAAAAGAGUUUUCUAUUGAUUAUGACUAUUUGGUCAUUGCAACGGGCGCAGAAGUAAAUACCUUUAAUACCCCUGGUGUCAAGGAGCAUUGCCAUUUUCUAAAGGAAGUUGAAGAUGCUCAAAAGAUUCGUACAAGUGUAAUAGAUUGUUUUGAAAAUGCUAUCCUCCCAGGGUUGACAGAAGAAGAACGAAGAACAAACCUUCACUUUGUAAUAGUAGGAGGGGGGCCCACAGGAGUAGAAUUUGCAGCAGAACUACAUGACUUUGUUCAUGAAGAUUUAGCAAAAUUAUAUCCCAUGGUUGAAGAUAAGGUUAGAAUAACCAUCAUCCAAUCUGGUGAUCAUAUUUUGAACACGUAUGAUAGUAGAAUCAGCUCAUUUGCUGAAACAAAAUUUGCUAGGGAUGGUAUUGAUGUAAAUACUGGAUGCCGGGUUAUAAGUGUAACUGAUAAGGAGGUCAACAUGGAAGUCAAAGCCACGAGUGAAAAAGUAUCCAUACCUCAUGGAAUGGUUCUUUGGUCAACUGGUGUUGCGACCCGACCCGUUGUGAAGGACUUCAUGGACCAAAUUGGACAGGAAAAAAGACGGGUUUUAGCUACAGAUGAAUGGUUGCGAGUUAAGGGAUGUGACGAUGUUUAUGCUAUCGGUGAUUGUGCCACACUGGUUCAACGAAAAGUCAUGUCGGAUAUUGCUGCUAUAUUCAAGGCAGCUGACAAGGAUAACUCAGGCACACUAAUUGUGGAGGAAUUUCAGGAUAUUAUUGAUGACAUAUUAAUUCGUUAUCCCCAAGUGAAUCUCCAUUUGCAGAGUCAGCAUCUUUCGAGUGUGACAGAUCUUUUAAAAGAUCCACAAGGAAAUGCAAGGAAGGAAGUUGAUAUUGAAGACUUCAAAUUAGCUCUUUGUCAGGUAGAUUCUCAAAUGAAAAGUCUCCCUGCAACAGCUCAGGUUGCUGCACAACAAGGGACAUAUUUGUCAAGUUGCUUCAACAAGCGGGAGUUGGCUAAUUUUCAACCAGAAGGCCCUCUCCGGUUUAAGAGUGAAGGGAGACAUGAAUUUAUUCCAUUUAGGUAUAAGCAUUUGGGAUCAUUUGCACCUUUAGGUGGUGAACAGGCUGCAGCUGAACUCCCGGGAGAUUGGGUUUCAGUGGGUCGAAGCACACAGUGGCUUUGGUACUCUGUUUAUGCAAGCAAACAAGUGAGCUGGAGGACAAGGGUGUUGGUUGUAUUUGAUUGGACAAGGAGAUACAUUUUUGGUAGAGACUCGAGUCGAAUUUGAAUCAUGUGGGCUUUCACAUUGGGUUAACUUGUUGGAUGGAUAUAAAAUGGAAGCAAAAGUGUUGUGUGUUGUGUGACAACUUUCCUCGUUGACCCUCACAAGCUGAAAUGUCAAGAUGUUUUCGUGUUUCUUAUGUAAAUGUCAAACCAGGAUCUGUCAAAAAAUAUGAUAUUUACUGAUGUCUGUUUCAGCAACGUUCAUGUUUUUCCAUUUUAAGUUCGAAUA